AUGCCAGCUGCAGCUGAUGAAAUGCCAGCUGUAGAUGCUUCAGGAUGUGGUGAGAGACCCAUUUUUGAGGGAGGAGCUCAGUAUUCCAGAAUCAUAGAGGGGGUGGAGGCUGGGAUUGGUGAGUUUCCAUGGCUGGUGAGUAUUCAGACAGGCAGUGAACAUUUCUGUGGUGGUGCAAUCCUGAACAAGUGGUGGAUUCUAACUGCUGCUCAUUGCUUUCCUUUUGAGGAAAUAUCUCCAGCAGAACUGAGUACUGUGGUGGGAACCAAUGACUUAACUAGUCCAUAUAAGGAAAUCAAAGGGGUCUCCAAAAUAAUUCUUCACAAGGAUUUUCAAAAAGUCAACAUGGACAAUGAUGUUGCCUUGCUCCUGGUAGACUCACCCAUCACCUUCAGUGACCGGAUAAUACCCAUCUGCUUGCCCAGGCAACCUGUGCCCUCCACCUGGCACGAAUGCUGGGUGGCAGGAUGGGGACAGACCAACACAGGUGACAAAAAUUCUAUGACAACUGACCUGAUGAAAGUGCCAAUGGUCAUCAUGAAUUGGGAAGAAUGUUCAAAAACAUUUUCAAAACUUACUAAAAAUAUGCUGUGUGCUGGAUACAAGAAUGAGAGCUAUGAUGCCUGCCAGGGUGACAGUGGGGGGCCUCUAGUCUGCACUCCAGGGACUGACAAGAAGUGGUACCAGGUAGGCAUCAUCAGCUGGGGAAGGAGCUGUGGACUUAAAAACAUUCCAGGAAUAUAUACUUUAUUAGCUAAAUAUGACGUCUGGAUCAAAAAUGUGACUGAGCUGGAAGGAAGGCCCUAUAAUGCUGAGGAAAUGAGAUCCCCUCCCAAACUGAAAAAUAUACGCUCUCAGGCCUCAGAAUUCCCGGAGCGAAGCAGCCCUGGUUUCUGGUUCCUGCUCUGCCUUCUGCCCUACAUGCUGUUCCGGUCCAUUUUCAACUCUUAA